CCACUCACCCUCUCGUUUCUUAUCCAUCUCUGCUUCUCUCUCUCUCUCUCUCUCUCUCUCUCUGCGCGACAAGGAAAAUGGCCAUCUCUGCCGGAAAGGAAACCUUCCUCGGUUACUCACAAGACCGAGUUAACCCCAUCUUUUGCCACCGAGCCAUCAUGACCACCUCCUCAGGUAUCUGGAUCGGCGACAAUCCCCUCAACUUCACCUUGCCCACCCUCAUUUUUCAGAUCGUUAUGGUGUUCUUCAUCUACCGGGCUACGCACGCCGUCUUCCGCCUAUUCGGCCAACCCAUCCACGUCUCCCAAAUCGUGGCGGGAAUUAUAUUAGGCCCCAGCAUCCUUAGCCGAGAUGCGAAGUUCGCGAAAUCGAUCGUUUCUCAGAAGAAUUAUGAGAGUGUGGUCACCAUAUCCAUCAUUACCUACAUGUUGUUCUUCUUUGUGAUCGGCGUCAAGGCAGACCUUGGCGUGAUUCCCAAGGUUGGGAAGAAGGCGGUGGCCAUCGCAAUAUUCAGCACCCUGCUCCCCAUCGUGUUUAUCUACAUCACGGCCCUCUGCCUGAGGCAUAAGAUCCCUCCCCGAUUCAUACAGGGUCAGCUGAUCCUCCUCUUGACCGACACAUGGUGCAUCACGUCGUAUCCUGUCCUGUCGUGCCUCCUCAGCGAGCUCAAUCUCCUCAGCUCCAAGCUCGGCCGCCUCGCCAUGUCGGCCACCCUCAUCGCCGCCAUCGUGCACGUGAUUGCCAACUCCGCCAUCGUCACGUACCAGCUGGCCAUCAAGAUCGGCAACCCGCUGCAGGGGGUGACGGCACUAGUGUCCUUCUUCGCCUUGAUGGGACUCAUCUUGCUCGUCCUGAGGCCGAUCGUGCUCUGGCUCAUAAGACGGACGCCGGAGGGGGCACUUCUGGACCAGGUGAGCUUCGUGGCGGUAGUAACCAUGGCAAUGGCGUGCGGGAUGCUGAGCCAGAUGAUCGGGUUCGACCUCAUCGUUGGACCCUUCUUCUUCGGGCUGGUGCUGCCUGGGGGACCGCCGCUGGGGUCCACUCUGGCUGAGCGCAUGGACAGGUUGGUGAUGGGAUUGUUCCUGCCCAUGAGCAUGGCUUUUGUCGGAAUAAGGACGGACCUCACAUCGGUGGUGGACAUUAAGGUUUGGUGGCUAUUCGAAACGUUUGUGUUGGUGAUCACAGUGGCUAAGUUCGUGGGGGUGAUCCUGCCAUGCCUCUACUGCCGGAUGCCGCCCCGGGAAACCGUAUCUCUUGGGCUUAUGCUGUCCGCCAAAGGCCUUUCUGAAGUAUAUUCCCUCAUCAUGUGGGCGGAGAACUUCCUACUGGAGAGGCAGGAAUUCAGCAUGGUCGUCAUCACCAUUCUCAUCUUGGGCGGCAUCACCACCCCUCUGAUCAAGUAUCUGUAUCGCCCGGAGGACCGCUACGUGGCACACAAGCGCCGCACUCUCCAGCACGCCAACCCCGGCGACGAGCUUCGCAUCCUUACAUGCGUCCAUCUUCAGGACAACGUCAAACCCAUCAUCACCCUCCUCGAGGCCUCCGGCACCUCCCCCGACUCACCCAUCUGCGCCUACCUCAUCCACCUCAUCCAGCUCGUCGGCCGGACCGACACCGUCCUACACCCCCACAAGCGCCAUAACCAUUCCUCAUCCGCAACUGCCCUCUCAGAGACUGACCACAUCGUCAACGCCUUCCGGCUGUUCGAGCAGGAACACCCGGAUGGCUUGUCGGUCCUCCCUUACGUCUGCAUUUCCCCUUACAACACCAUGCACGACGAUAUCUGCUCCCUCGCCCUCGACAAGAAGGUCACCCUCGUCAUCCUCCCCUUCCACAAGAGCGCACUUGCCGACGGUAGCAUCAGCUUCGUGAGCCCUUCAGUCCAGGCUGUCAACGUCAACGUGCUCCAGUACGCGCCCUGCUCCAUCGGCAUCCUCGUCGACAACGGGUUCCCCGGUCGCUGGUCGGUGAUUCGCCGCGUGGCGGUCUACUUCCUGGGCGGAGCCGACGACCGGGAAGCUCUGGCCUGCGCCAUGCGCAUGGCGAAAAACGCGGCCGUUGGGCUCACGGUGGUGCGGUUCCUCGCGCCCAAGGAGUUGCGAGAGGAAGGGCAGGAGGAGAGGAUGGACGACAAGAUGCUGGAGCACUUCCAGCACCAGAUGGUGGACGGGAAACGGGUGGUGUACAAGGAGCAGGUGGUGAAAGACGGGGAAGAGACGGUGGCGGUGAUUCGCGAGACGAGCCCCGAGUUCAGUCUAUUGAUCGUGGGGCGAAGGGAGGGGAAGGAAUCCCUGUUGACGUCAGGGAUGUCGAUAUGGAGGGAGUACCCGGAGCUAGGGGUUAUCGGGGACCUGCUGGCGUCGACCAACUUCGGCGGCCGGGUGUCUACGCUUGUGGUGCAGCAACAGGUGAGGGUGACGGGACCAGCGGCGCAAGCCGCGGACAGCCCCAAGGUCGCUCCAACUGUUGUGCAGGUAGUUGAUUCUUCUUCUGUGAGUCACGUGAAUGAUUGAUCCGUGAGGUGGUACGAGGUUGAGCAAGGAGACCAUGCUGAUGAAGGUUUUCCUUCUCACAUUGUUCUGUAUUUUGUUCUGAAGCCUUUCAUUGUUCAGCUGCAGCUACUCCGUUUCCUUGCAGCAUUUAGAUGUGUAGAUCAAGAAAUGAAUCAUGUCUCUGUUUGAGACACGAUGUCCUAGCGAUUAGUGCACCAUUGAGUCUUAUGUUUGAGUUUGGAUACGAACUUACUGUAUAGAGUUUAAUGUAAUGGAUCAUGUGAUCAUAUUCAUGUUUUUUGAACUUAUUGGACUCAC